AUGAGGCUGGAGAGCGGGGAGGAGCCAGAAGGACGUGGUAAUAAAGGGCCAUUUCAGCUCAGUUUACUGCUAAGGAGUGACUUUGAGAAACCAUGUUCAGAAGACUAUGAAGCAAUCUCUCCAGUCUGUCUGGAACUUUUCUCCCAUCCCAUUUCUCUCUCCUGUAGGCACACGUUCUGCUAUGAUUGCAUACAACUUUGGUUGCAGGAAGGGAGAGAUCUGAAAUUAAUCUGCCCCAUAUGUAGAGAAGAAAAUAAGAACACAUCUUUGGAAGAAUGGCGAUCACUCACACUUCUCAUUAAACAGCACUGUUUCCUAUUGGACCAAAGUCUGCACAUGAGAGAUGAGUUCCCGAAGAUCCAAGAGGAUAUGACCCUGGAUAUAGUCACUGCAAACUCCCACCUAGUUCUCUCUGAUGACCUAAGAAAAGUCCUGGGGAAAAUCUGCCACAACUCAUUGGAAGAUCCCCAGAGAUUUGCCUAUGUGGCCUGUGUCCUGAGCACCUCGUACUUUUCCUCUGGUCGCCAUUACUGGGAAGUAGAAGUGGAAGAAGGGAAGGAGUGGGCUCUGGGAGUCUGCAAGGAAUCAGUCGACAGAAAGAAUUUUUUUUCCUCAGAGCAUGGUUUCUGGACCAUCAGCACGAAGGCUGUAGCAGUCUACUUUGGCUCCAUCCCAGAUACCAGAAUUCCUACAAACCCUGGUCUUAGCCUUGCAGGAAUUUUUCUAGAUGUUGAGAUAGGAGAAAUCAAGUUUUCUGAUGUUAGAAAUGAUGCCAUCAUCGAUAUACACAGUGAUAUCUCUUUGGAGUCCGUGCGUCCCUUCUUCUGUCCGGGGUUGCCUGGGGAAGAAGACAGCGGUGGCCCACUGAGCCUCUGCGCCUGA